CUCUUCCACUUUUGAACAAAAAAAUAAAAAUAAAAAAUCCCAGUUCAGUUACUAGCUAAUAAUGAUUGAUUAAAAACAAAAAAAGUGGAAGAAGAAGAAAAUACUUACUCUCUUCCUCCACUCAGUUUCAGUUCGGUCACCGCCGAAUAAAGUUUCCUCCUUUUUCAUUAACUGUUACAAUUCAACUAAAAUUCUGACUAAGGAUUCUCUCCUCCGAUUUGAGGGUCAGGAUCUCACUCUAAUUAGACUCACUCGACAGCUGAAACCAACCACCGCAAAUUCGAUUAUAACCUCCUUUAUUCUGGUCCAUCACUUCCAUUCAAAUUCCAAAGCGCCUGGUGUAUGUGUCCGCCAGAAUGUAAAGGAUUUAGAUUUGUGGAGGGGGCUGUCAUGCUGAAUGCUGCUGCCAACCAGUGGAGUAGGGAUGAAUUCUGCAAUGGAUGAUAUGAAUUUGAUUCAGCAAGCCCAGAGGCAUCACUUGGUUGUAAGGGAGAUUGGUGAAGAGAUUGAUUUAGAAAUUGGACCUGGGGAUGAUGAUCCUUCAUUUGGUAAUGCUACUCUAAUUGGUGGCCCACCGCGGGAAUCUUCUACGGAAGAGCACGGGGAGAGCAAGCAGAUGGGGAUGGUUUCUCAGCUUCCGAAUGAUGCUCAAGAUAUGUCAAAGACCCAACCAGUGAAAAGGAAGAAGAAGGUUGUUAAAAGAUGGAGAGAGGAAUGGGCAGACACCUAUAAAUGGGCUUAUGUUGAUGUGAAAGAUGGAACAGCAAGGAUUUUUUGCUCUGUUUGCAGGGAGUAUGGUAGGAAACACAGAAGAAAUCCAUAUGGGAAUGAAGGCAGUCGUAAUAUGCAGAUGAGUGCCCUAGAAGAACACAAUAAUAGUUUGCUUCACAAAGAGGCUCUUCGUCUCCAAAUGGCCUCCAAGGAUAAAAUUAUCAUCAACAAGCCUGUUUAUGUAAAAGUAUUGUCUGACACUUCUGUAAUUGAAGCUCUUGUGUCAAAAACAGCUGGAUCAAUUCUUGAAGCUACACUAAAAAGGGAUCCUCAUGAGGCUGAAUUCAUACAGGCAGUUCAGGAAGCAGUUCAUGCUCUUGAGAGAGUCAUAGCAAAAAAUUCCCAUUAUGUUAACAUCAUGGAGCGCUUGGUGGAACCUGAGCGAAUGAUUGUUUUCCGAGUUCCAUGGGUGGACGAUAAGGGUGAGAUACAUGUUAAUCGGGGUUUCCGGGUACAGUUUAACCAGUCAAUGGGUCCAUGUAGGGGAGGUAUUCGUUUUCAUCCAUCAAUGAAUUUAAGUAUAGCCAAGUUCCUUGGUUUUGAACAGACUUUAAAGAACGCCUUAUCCCCUUACAAAUUAGGAGGAGCAGCCGGUGGAAGUGAUUUUGAUCCUAAAGGAAAAAGUGAUAAUGAGAUCAUGAGAUUUUGCCAAAGUUUCAUGAGUGAGCUGUAUCGCUAUUUGGGUCCUGACAAGGACCUUCCCUCAGAGGAAAUGGGUGUUGGUACGCGAGAAAUGGGGUAUCUUUUUGGACAAUAUAGACGUCUAGCUGGUCAUUUUCAGGGGAGUUUUACAGGACCAAGGAUAUUUUGGUCGGGCUCCAGUCUUCGACCUGAAGCUACUGGCUAUGGCCUGGUUUUUUUUGCCCAGCUCAUACUUGCUGACAUGAAUAAAGAACUCAAAGGAUUAAGAUGUGUUGUGAGUGGUUCUGGAAAGAUUGCAAUGCAUGUUUUAGAGAAGCUUAUUGCUUAUGGUGCUCUUCCCAUCUCAGUAUCAGAUUCAAGAGGUUAUUUGGUUGAUGAAGAUGGAUUCGACUACAUGAAAAUAUCAUUUUUGAGAGACAUCAAAGCUCAACAAAGAAGUUUGAGAGACUAUUCAAAGACCUAUGCUCGGGCAAAAUAUUAUGACGAAGCAAAACCCUGGAAUGAAAGGUGUGAUCUUGCAUUUGCUUGUGCUUCUCAGAAUGAAAUUGAUCAAUCUGACGCCAUUAAUUUGGUUAAUUCAGGUUGUCGCAUACUAGUAGAAGGUUCGAACAUGCCCUGUACACCUGAGGCAGUUGAUGUUCUGAAGAAAGCUUGUGUUCUCAUUGCUCCUGCUAUGGCUGCUGGUGCUGGAGGGGUUGUGGCUGGAGAACUUGAAUUAAAUCAUGAAUGCAGUUUGAUGCACUGGUCACCAGAGGACUUCGAAUCUAAAUUGCAGGAAGCAAUGAAACAGACUUAUCAAAGAGCCAUCAAAGCUGCAACUGAUUUUGGUUAUGAAAAAGAAAGUCCCGAGGCUUUGGUACAUGGAGCAGUCAUCUCUGCUUUUCUGACCAUUGCUCAAGCUAUGACAGAUCAAGGUUGUGUAUAAAAGUUGAUCAAAACCUUGAAUGCAUCUCAAUGCUGAUAUUUUCACAGCGGAUGGAAAUCCACUUGCACUAAAUUUAUGAAUUGCAAGAUAAGGAUGAAUGUUGAUAAUGCAGUCUCCCCGUGAAGACAUCACACUAAUGUGAGAGCAUAUUCCCUUUGUAAAAUAUAUAAUGUAACAAUUUAGACAUAAAGAGGUUUUAGAAGAAAAAUUGCUGUUGGCAGAUUUGGCAAUGCAUGUGAUAUAGUUUUAGUUGUACAACAGAAAGGUUAUCCAGAUUAUUGCCAGGAGAUAGGAGAAAUUUUUCUUGGCUCAUUCAAUCCAUCUAGAUGCAUGUUACAAAUUUGGAUGUUGAGAUUAUAAAUAAAAGCUUAGCAUUGA